AUGCUUUGCAAUUUACCAUGUCGCAUCGUUCUCUUGGUAAUAAACACAGCUACAUUGAUUGUGGGGAUCGCUGUCCUAAUCGUUGGUGCGUUAAUGACUUGGGGAAGAUCAUUAGUGCACAAGCUGCUGGAACAGUUUCUUACUCCGUUUCUACAAACUUUCGAAAUGGAUGGAGAUCCAUCGCAGAUUUCGGAAUUGAUUGAUCGCCUGAUGACAACAACGUCUCCACUCGGAAUAUUUGUAUUCGCAGCUGGAGCUAGCGUCGGUAUCUUAUCGGCAAUUGGCUAUGUUGGUGCAUAUUGUAACCUGAAAUUGGUGUUGCAUUUGUACGCUGCGAUAGUCGGAAUAAUGGCCGUAACGAUUAUAAUCAUCGUGAUCAUUUACUUUUCCAUAAAAAGCAAGGUUGGUGAGGAAGUUGGGCAGCUAUUCUUACAAAGUGUAAAACGCUAUCAGUCAGUUGAAGACAACACAAUCGACAGUUUAAUCGUCGGACUUAUCCAACCUCAGCUACAGUGCUGCGGAUUCAUCGGUCCCGAAGACUUUGAAAGUAUGAAACCAGUUGACACAUAUGGCAAAAUAACAUUUACGAACUUGACGCAUCCUAUUCCUUGCUGUAAGAUGGAUACACUGUAUAGAAUAAUUGGAGAGGAUUGUCCAAAGAUUUUCAACGAGAUGAACAGCAACAUAUUUACUGGCUGCCGUGAUCCAAUAGUGUCAUUAUUUGUGAAGUAUAUGGACUACGUUGCUUAUGCUCUCAUUGGCCUGUCUGCUAUUUUGAGUCUACUGGUUGUUUUCACGGUUUUAACAAUUCGCUUGGACUUCGCGUGAACGUUACCCACACUUUUCGUGAAAGAAAUUACACAUAUAUCUCCGUAACUACGCUGACAAAUAUCCGAAGCUGCUCUUAUAAGGGAACUCAGAACUACGUAUUCCCGAAUUAUAAUUCAA